AUGACAGCCACUAUUCAAGUUCCUGUUCGUAACACUCAUGCUAUAUUGUCUGCUCGUGAGAUUUGUCGGGCAAUUAAACAAAGUGAUGCCUCAUUAAGACAAGCAUAUCCUUUUUUAUACCAUCAAGAUUGGAUCUGCGCAAUAAUAUUCACGAGUUCAUUAUUAUUAAUGUCAUUAUUUUCAUAUCUUUAUAUAUCGGGCUAUAUUUCUGCAAUCUUGACAAUUGUCUUAAUAGCAUUACCAUUAUCCUUGUUACAUGAAUUAGAACAUGAUAUUAUUCAUAAUUUAUAUUUUAAACAAUAUAGAUGGAUUCAAAAUUUAAUGUUUACAUUUAUUUGGAUUGCUAAAUUACAUGGUUCACCUUGGUAUCGUCGUCAAUUACAUUUAAAACAUCAUCUUUUAUCUGGUCAAAUAAACGAUGCAGAAGAAAGAUUAAUUGGAUUAGGUUUACCACCAGAUUACAAAAGAAUGGCUGUUAGUAUACAUCCAUUUGGUGGACUCUUGGUUAGUGAUGAUAUUAGUAGAGAUGCGAAAUUUCUUAAUUUAACUACUAUGAAACUACACAAUGCACCAAUGGCACUUAUAUUUUUCUUUAUUACUCGAAUUUUUUUUGUUUAUAACUUAUUAUUUUUUAUUUAUUUCUGUUUAAAUUAUGAUAUCAAUACAAUAUAUGGUAUUCAUACAUUUUAUCCAAUUAUUCAUAAUUUAGCAAUUUGUUUAUGUUUUUCAAAUUUAUUCCGACAAGGUUGUUUAGUAUUAAUGUCUAAUGCUUGUCAUUAUUAUGGUGAUAUACCUUUGAAUACUGUGUUUUAUCAAAAUCAAAUAUUAGACUCGUGGUAUGUUUUACCAUUUCAAUUAUUUUGUUUUAAUUUUGGUGCAACACACAUUAUACAUCAUCAUGUUGUUUCACAACCAUUUUAUAUUCGACAUUUUACGGCUAUACAAGUAAAAGAUAUUAUGAUUCAAUUAGGCAUACGUAAUAAUGAUUUUGGUAUAUUAUGGAGAAAUAAUCGUUACACUGUCGAUUCAGAAGAAGAUGAAAAACAAGAAUUAUAUGGUAAAUAUUGGUUUGCUGCAUGUUUAUUGUUAGGAUUUCCUUUAUAUAUAUUAUGGGAUAUGAUGGUCAUGCAUAAAUCAAAUAAAAAUAUAUUUAAAUUAAUUCGAAAAAAAUUAUUUAAGAAAAAUAUAAAAAAACUUGAUAAAAAUAUUGAUAAUGAUUUAACAACUAAUAAGAAAAUAGUUGAUAAUAAUGACACAGUAACGGAUUCUGAUGUAAAACAAUUUAAUACAUUAGUUAAUCGAAUGGCAUUAUCCAAUGUGUCAGCAGAUCAAGUCGAAGAAGUUAGUGCGGCAGUUAUUGAUGCUUAA